GCUGGUGCCGCUGUCAGUGGUCGGGUCGAGACCAUACAGAAGGCCUUGGCUCCGCAAGCAGCGCGACUUGUGACCACGAGCAUGUCCGCACAUCCUGCACAACCUACACACCCUGCACAUGCCGCGCACACUGCACACUCGCAGCUGCGAGCCGAGAAGGAGCUGCUUACCGAAGAAGCGUCGGAGGCUAAAGCCGAAAGCACAGCUCUGCGCGGACAGCUUAAGACCUUGGAGGCUCGCUGUGAAAAGCAAGCAUUGCAGGUCGCAGAGCUCUCGCUUGAGCCUGCGCAAAUCGUGCGGCGCUUGCAGGGCGAGGUGGCCUUCCUGGAAAAUCGAGUCCUAGAGCAGCAGGCGGCACUAGAGGUUGGUGCCAAGAAAGCCGAGCUGACCUUGCGCGCCGAGCUUGAUGUGAAGAGCCAUGAGGUUCUCACUCUGCGGCGGACGAUGGAAGCUCGGGAAAAUGAGGUCCGUAGGUACCAACAAGAGUUGGAAGCGAUCAUUGCUGAGCUUUCCGUGCUUCGCGGUAGCUGA